CUGUCAAAAAAAAAAAUUUAAUAUAGAUAUGAAUCUGCAAACAAUUAUAACCAUACAAAGAAAUAAAUUUGACUGAUGAUUAAAAUAUGAUCACAAGGAAAAUGGCGACCGGCUCAGGCCACGUUAAGGUCGGGGAUCGAGAGUCGCAGACGCAGAAACAACGGCACCUACAUCAACUGAUAGACGUGAGGAAGACUGUUUAUUUCUUCACUUUUACAGUCUUUCUCUCUCCACUUAUCUACCAUUCGGCGUCUCGUAUCACAGUACUACCCCUGCCGCAACUUUCAAACAUUUUCGCGUUCCAGCCGCUUCUGAUCGCUGCCAAAGACAACACCGAUAAGUUGGAAGCAGAAGAUGGGAGAGAUUUGGCUAGAAUCUUGAGAGAAUCAUCGAUGAUCGAAAACAAGACGGUGAUAGUGGUGAUGAUGAAUCAGGCUUGGGCAGAACCGAAUUCGAGUUUCGACGUGUUUUUUGAAGGCUUCCACGCUGGGGAAGGAACGGAGAAGCUGCUCCGUCAUGUGGUGGUGGUGUGUUUGGACGAUGAGGCUUAUUCACGGUGCAACCAUAUACAUCCUCGCCGUUGCUUCUUGCUAAAGACUACCGGAGUUGAUUUCUCCGGUGAGAAACUGUACAUGGCGCCGGAUUAUCUCAAGAUGAUGUGGCUUCGAACCGAGUUCUUGGGUUCUUUGCUUAAGCUCGGAUAUAACUUCCUCUUCACGGACAUGGAUACAAUAUGGCUUCGUGAUCCAUUCCCUCGAUUAUUAGCUGAAGUAGAUUUCCAAGUUGCUGGAGAUUACUACAACUUCAAUGGAAACUCCAGCGACUUACGUAACGGAGCCAACGGAGGCUUCAACUUCGUCGUGUCAAAUUGUAGAACAAUCGCGUUUUACAGUUAUUGGUAUGCAUCAAGAUUAAGGUUCCCUGGAAAAAACGAGCGAGUCGUGCUCGAACGGAUCAAACAAGAUAAUUUUGUCAAAGAAAUAGGGCUCACGAUGAGAUUUCUUGAUCCGGUUUACUUUGGAAACUUCUGCCAACCAGGUUGGGAUAUUAGCAAAGUCUGCCUAAUGCAUGGUACUUGCUGCAGUGGGAAAGGAAAUAAGGUUAACGAUUUGAGACAAGUUCUUGAGGAUUGGAGAAACUAUAUGUUAGCUGAGGCUUCCGGGAAGUAUGGAAGCCGGAAAUUAGGGUUUCGAAGGCUGAAGAGUUGUCGACGUAGAAGAGGGAGGAGACAUUAAGGGGCUUUGAGAAAAAUAUGGUUUUUAUUAAUUAAUCUUGGAUGAUAUAUGUCACCCAAGUAAAAGUAAAAUUAACACAUCAAAUAAGUAUGGCUUGAUAUGUUAGCGCUGAGAAGAGUAAAAAUGUUGUUCUUAUAGUCACAAGAAAAGAUAAUUAAACCAGUACAUAAUCAUUUUUCCUUA